AUGCCAGCUGCUAAGAAGGGUACUACCAUCAAAGUCAAAGUUAAAGGUCGCCCACCUCGAGCCGCGCUCAAGCCAUUGAACGCAGCGGAUGAAGAGUUCCGUAAGCUGAACCAUACGGUUUCCUUUAAUUCGUUAGAUGAUCUCAUCUUACAAAAACCUCAUCAAGUCACGAAAGAAAAUCAUGUCUCCAACAAAGCUGGAAAACGCGUUCAGUGUGGAAACUCAUCAGAAGUGGAAACAACUGCCGGAAAAGCUCGAGCGAAAAAGCCUAGACACCAGUCCUCCUUAACUCCUCUAUCUGAUGAAGCAAUGUCAAGCGAGCACCUAAAACCAAUGAAUAUCGGAGGUGGUAGUCAAUGCGACGGAAAUCAUCAUCCCCGGCCAGCAACAGCAGAACUUAGUCAAAAGGUCUCCAGGUUACUCUCACAAGAGCCUGCUUCCGGGCCUGUUGGGUUAACGUACCAACCCUACAAUCUGAAAUUAGACUUGGCUCCUCCCGAACAUCAGAUUGUGGCCGUGAAAGAUAAGGAAAUUGCGAUACUCGAAGAAAAGUUGAAAAGAUUACAGAAGGAUGUCACGCAGCUUCGUGACGCGAAUGAGGCGAAAGAUAAAUUGUUUGAUGAAUAUCGACAAGUUCGAGAGACUGAAGCGGAAGUUCAGCUGAAACGUUACAAAGCGCAAGUGGAUGUCACUCUUGCAGCCAAGGCUAAGAUCACUGCACUACAGGAAGCUGAGUUGACCAAGAGUCAUCGGGCGGUCAGUGAUCUGCAUCUCAAAUUGACUUCUAUCUCAAAUGGAGAGGCAGACCGGAUAAGGGAGCGAUUGGAAGACGAAAAGCAAGACCUUUUGCGCACGAAUGAGGAGCUGCGUUCCAAUUACGAUACGCAGCGGAGGAGGCGUAAAGAUGUUGAAAGAGAACUCAAGCAUGCCCGAUCGGCUGCUCGAGAGGAGGUUCAGGAUCGUUUGAAAGAAUUAGAGACAGAACAGGAGACCCUACGAAAGGAGUUGGCAGCGGAAACGGAGAAUUCCAAGAAUCUCAUUGCCCAAUUAAAUCAAGUGCGUAGUGUGAAUGGUCAAAGUGGACGAGUGGGCGGCCCCACAACCGGCCAUGCAUCCACAAAUGUCUCGACUUCACGCGCAACAUCGUCAAAUGGUGACCUUGUCGACGAGCUCAAAGCUAGAUUGGCUAUCAUCGGGGAUUUCACUGGGUUUACAAUAUUAGGCGGGGGAAAGGACGCCAAAGGGAAGAUGUACGAUUGCAUUGUCACAGAUCUCAAAGGUCGUGGAUACGCUAUAUCAUUCAAACUACAGUUUCAUACGGAUGGCACCUGCUCUUUUGAUCCUUUCCUUGACGAGAAACGGGAUGCUAAGACAAUGGCAAUCUUACCAGAUAGUUUCAAGCAUUAUAUAAGAUUUGACGAGGAUGCCGGAGCCUUUUUUUAUAGGACACUCUUUGAAGCUUUCAAUUCGUCAUCUACAUCAUAA